ACUCAAACCUGUCAGUAGCUAAUCCGCGUCCUCUAGUCACCUGUUUGGGUCGUUGGAGGCCUCAAGAUUUUAACGAUAUUUUCAUGGCUACUCGAGACAGACCCCAAGAUUUUCAUGAUAUUUUCAUUGCUACUUGAGAGAGAGAUAUGACAAUCUCGACUCUCCCUCCCAAUCCCAUGUCUCCCCAGAUCCCAAUAACAAACGACCCAAACAGGCACCCAAUCCCCAAACAGAGAAAGCCCCCAUACUACCCUGCCUCCAUCUCUCUCCUCUCCAAAUGCAAAUCCCUCAAACAGCUCCAGCAAAUCCACGCCACCAUAAUAAAAUCACAGCUCCAUAAAGAUACCCCCACCCUCACAAAGCUCAUCCACUUCUGCUCUCUCAACCCCUCCACAACCAUGGACUACGCCCGACACCUGUUCGACCAAAUUCCCCAACCAGACGUCGUCCUCUUCAACUCCUUGGCCCGUGGCUACUCUCGCACCCAUACCCCAAUUCGCGCAGUGUCGCUCUUCGCCAAUAUGCUCAGUUCAGGCAUCUUCCCUGAUGAUUACACCUUCCCAUCCCUCCUCAAAGCAUGCGCCACUGCCAAAGCCUUAGAAGAAGGAAAACAAAUACAUUGCCUGGCUGCAAAGCUUGGAUUGCACCGUAACAUCUAUGUCCAUCCUACGCUUGUGAACAUGUACGCUGAGUGUGGCGAUGUGCAGGCCGCACGCCAGCUCUUUGAUCAGAUGGACCAACCUUGUGUAGUUUCCUACAAUGCCAUGAUCAUGGCGUACGCAAGGAGUUCUUUGCCCAAUGAAGCAUUAGCUUUGUUUCGAGAAUUGCAAGCGAGCGAUCUAAAGCCGACUGACGUCACGAUGCUCAGUGUUCUGUCAUCGUGUGCAUUGCUUGGAGCACUGGAGCUGGGGAAAUGGAUGCAUGAGUACAUAAAGAAACACGGGUUCGAUGUGUAUGUGAAGGUAAACACAGCCUUGAUCGACAUGUAUUCUAAAUGCGGGAGCUUGGAAGAUGCGGUAUGUGUGUUUGAGAAGAUGGGUUGUAGAGAUACACAGGCAUGGUCUGCUAUGAUUGUUGCUUAUGCGAUUCAUGGACAUGGAAACAGAGCCAUCUCUUUGUUUGAAGAGAUGAAAUGGGCGGGAAUUAGGCCAGAUGAAAUUACAUUUCUAGGCGUCUUGUAUGCUUGUAGUCACACAGGAUUGGUGGAUGAGGGCCGCCAAUACUUCAAUAGCAUGAGAAACCAUUAUGGGAUUAAUCCAGGAAUUAAGCAUUAUGGGUGCAUUGUAGAUUUGCUAAGCCGAGCCGGGCUCCUAGAUGAGGCUUGUAAGUUCAUUGAGAGCUUGCCAAUCAAGCCCACACCUAUACUCUGGAGGACCUUGUUGUCCGCAUGUGGGGUUCAUGGCAAUUUGGAGCUAGGGAAACAUGUGAUUGAUCGGAUCUUUGAACUAGAAGAUUCGCACGGCGGCGAUUAUGUGAUCUUAUCAAAUAUGUGCGCGGCUAAUGGUAGAUGGAAAGACGUAGAUUAUAUAAGGAGGCUAAUGAAAGACAGGGGAGUGGUCAAGGUGCCGGGGUGUAGUUCAAUUGAGGUGAGCAAUGUGGUCCAUGAAUUCUUUUCUGGGGAUGGAACCCAUCCCCAAUCAGUCGAGCUGCAUCGGAUGCUCGAUGAGUUAGUGAAACAAUUGAAGCUGGUAGGCUAUGUGCCUGACACUUCUCUGGUGUUUCAUCCGGAUAUGACAGAGGAGGUGAAAGAGGUUAGCCUCCGGUAUCACAGUGAGAAGCUCGCGAUUGCAUUUGGGCUUAUAAACUCUCCACCAGGGACAACCAUUCGGGUGGUGAAAAACCUUCGGGUUUGUGGGGAUUGCCAUUCUGCGGCGAAGCUUAUAUCGAUGAUCUUCAAUAGGCAGAUAAUACUCAGAGAUCUCCAUCGCUUCCAUCAUUUCAAAGAUGGGUCAUGUUCAUGUGGGGAAUUUUGGUGAUUAAAACAUAUGGAAAUGUGUACUAUAAUAGUUAUGUGAUUGAAUUCAUGCUGCCUAUGUGUACUGUAAUAGUUGUGUACUAUAAAUCAUUUUGGGUAUUCUAAUUUGUUCUUUGUGGAGAAAUGAAAAAAUAAUGAAAGACUAAGGUUGUUGUUUUGAAAGAAAAAUGUUUUGUCCAUGCUUCUUGGUAACCAUAAUAGGUAUAUGCAGUGUUUUAAAUAUCGACGAUAUCCCACGAUAUAUAUCCCAUGAUAUAUCUUGUAUCCCACCUGUGCGAUACGAAACACACUGACAGUGUUGAUAUAUCCCACCUAUUCGAUCUGGUGAGCAUUUUCAAUUUUUGAUCCAUGUUUUUACUGUAAAUCACAUUAAACCAAUGUUAAAUGGUUACAAAUCUAUGAUUCUUCAUGUUUUCCAUGAAAAAUCAUUGGAACUUUGAUUUCGAGAUUUGGGGGAGAUGGGCUUAGUUGUGGAAAAUUGAGAAAAAUCUAAAUUUCUCAAUUUGUCGUAAAUCAGUUGCAAUCUUUGUAUCCAAACACAAAAUUAAACAUGUAUGUAACCUCAUCUAGUGAUUCUUC